AUGUUUACUUACUACCACCCAAAAUACUCCAACCCCAAAUGGGCCAAGAAAAUGGGGAAGACUAAAAAAGGACCCUUGUCACACGCGCAGGUCUGGGAUGAUUCUGCCUUGGUUCAGUCCUGGGACGAUGCUGUCGAAGAAUACCAGCAUUAUUGGAGCAUUCACACCAAGGGUGAAAAUGUUGAAGAUGUCUUGAAAGAAGCAGAAGACACUGGUAUUACUCCAGCUGUAUCUCACGACGACACUGAAGGCGCUAAAGCCACCGAUGAUGGUGUCACCAAACCUGCAGAUGCAGACAUCCCAAUGACCAUUGACGACCACACUUCCGAAUCUGCUCCAGAGCCUUCUCAACCCGUGGCUCAUGCCAGUUCGGCAGAUUCCACUCCUGCUAUGCCUAUGCCGCACCCCAUCAUGGCAAAUGUCCAAGACGAGUCCUUGAAGAACCUCAUGAUGUCGUGGUACUAUGCAGGCUACUACACGGGUCUUCAUGAAGGCCAACAACAAGCGACCCGUUCCUCGAGCUCAUGA